AAGAGCCUCCCCAGAGCCCGCAGCUUCGGACAGAUGGUCACUCGUGGGGGGGCGAGCGGGUUUGGUCGGUUGUCAUGGCGACAGCGCAGUUGGCCUGGGCCCUACGGGCUACUGCAGGCGGGAGGCUGCGCGGCCCCCGAGGCACUGGGGGAGCCCGGAGGCUGAGCGGCAGCGCGCGGCGGCGGGCGGCCAGGAGCGCCAGCCCGGGGCGCCGGCUCAGCACGGCCUGGGCACCGGCCCAGCCCGCACGAGAGGAGACCGAGGGCGCGGAGAACGACGACCACUCGCCUGCAGCGGAGAAGCCGUCGUGGACGCCACCCCCCGCUCCCCCGGUGCCCCCCGAACCUCCCGGGCCCGCGGCCGGCCGCUCGCUCUUGCAGCGGGACAUCCAAGCCUUCUUGAACCAGUGCGGGGCCAGCCUGGGAGAGGCGCGCCACUGGCUCACGCAGUUCCAGACCUGCCACCGCUUCGCUAACAAGCCCUUCGCCGUCGUCGAGGUGGACGAGGAGGUAAUCAAGUGCCCGCCGUCCGCAUCCAGCCUGGCCUUCGCCCUGGCCUUCCUGCACCGCAUGGACAUGAAGCCGCUGGUGGUCCUGGGGCUGCCCGCUCCCACGGCGCCCUCGGGCUGUCUUUCCUUCUGGGAGGCCAAGGCACAGCUUGCCCAGAGCUGCAAGGUGCUGGUGGACGCGCUGCGGCACAACGCCGCCACUGCCGUGCCUUUUUUUGGAGGCGGGUCGGUGCUGGGCGCCGCUGAGCCAGCCCCUCAUGCCAGCUAUGGCGGCGUUGUCUCGGUGGAGACCGACCUGCUACAGUGGUGCCUGGAGUCGGGCAGCAUCCCAAUCCUGUGCCCCAUCGGGGAGACGGCUGCGCGCCGCUCCGUGCUCCUCGACUCGCUAGAGGUGACCGCGGCGCUGGCCAAGGCACUGCAGCCCACCAAAAUCAUCUUCCUCAAUAACACAGGCGGCCUGCGCGACAGCAGUCACAAGGUCCUGAGUAACGUGAACCUGCCCGCCGAUCUGGACCUGGUGACCAACGCCGAGUGGGUGAGCACCAAAGAACGGCAGCAGAUGCGGCUCAUCGUGGACGUGCUCAGCCGCCUACCCCACCACUCCUCGGCCGUCAUCACCGCCGCCAGCACGCUGCUCACCGAGCUCUUCAGCAACAAGGGGUCCGGGACCCUGUUCAAGAACGUCGAGCGGAUGCUGCGAGUGCGCAGCCUGGACAGCCUGGACCAGGGCCGCCUAGUGAACCUGGUCAACGCCAGCUUCGGCAAGAAGCUCCGGGAUGACUACUUGGCCUCGCUGCGCCCACGGCUGCACUCUGUCUACUACUCGGAGGGGUACAACGCGGCCGCCAUUCUGACCACGGAGCCCGUACUGGGGGGCACCCAGUAUCUAGACAAGUUUGUGGUGAGCUCCAGCCGCCAGGGCCAAGGCUCCGGCCAGAUGUUGUGGGAGUGCCUGCGGCGGGACCAGCAGACGCUUUUCUGGCGCUCGCGGGUCACCAACCCCAUCAAUCCGUGGUACUUCAAACACAGCGAUGGCAGCUUCUCCAACAAGCACUGGAUCUUCUUCUGGUUUGGCCUGGCCGAUAUCCGGGACUCUUAUGAGCUGGUCAACCAUGCCAAGGGGCUACCGGACUCCUUCUGCAAGCCAGCCUCUGACCCAGGCAGCUGAUGCUCACCACUGGCCCUGCAGGCCCUGGGACAGCCAGGGUGGACCAAAAGCCAUGCCUGCCAGAGGUGACCCCAGGCAGCCACAGGCUGGACCAGGCUUGUUGGCUGAGUGAUCUGCAGAGGAGGCAGCUCCUACUCUACUCUGCCCAGAGGGGUCGCCCAAGUGGGGACAAGCACAGGAAGGAGAAGGGCCUGCCCCAGACCCCUACUUGCUCCAAAGCCACAACCAGGUAGACAGACGGCCUUCAGUUUUCAGUCUAGGGAUUUGGGGGGAGGAGGGCUUGCCUUCAAGGGCUCUACUCAGGGCUAACCUUAAGGGUGGGCCAGUUCCUGUGGCCUCUGUGCUAUUUUGAGGCUCCUUUUCCCAAAAUAUCACCCCUGUCUGCCUGAUAUACUGCCACUCAUUUUAAUUCCUUUGGGUCUUGCAACUUUUCAGGAGGCCUUGAUUAAAACACAAAUACUUGUCUGCGAGUCAGCUCACGCUUGAAAAGAAAUUAGCAGUGACCCUCUGGGAGCAAGAUCUGGAGGGCUGGGGAGCCAGGGGACUCCUAGAGGGGAAGAGAGGAGCUAAAUGAGGUGGAGGACCCAGGAUGAAUGCCACCAACAUCUCCCUCAUCUGGCUUGUCAGCAGCCCCCAGAGGAGCUCCUUUCCCCCAAAGUUAGGAAACAUCCUAGGGCCGGCCCCGUGGCUUAGCGGUUAAGUGCACGCGCUCCGCUGCUGGUGGCCCGGGUUCGGAUCCCGGGCGUGCACAGACGCACCGCUUCUCCGGCCAUGCUGAGGCCGCGUCCCACAUACAGCAACUAGAAGGACGUGCAGCUAUGACAUACAACUAUCUACUGGGGCUUUGGGGAAAAAAAUAAAUAAAUAAAUAAAAUUAUUAGGAAACAUCCUCCAUUCCACAGACCAGACCGGCAGCAGCCCCAGCUCCCUUUGCAGGCAGGGCUCAGGGCCCAGCGCAGCCCUGGAUGUCUUCCCCUAGGCCCCACUGCAGGUUGUGUCUCCGUCUCUGCAGGAGCAGAACACCUCAGACGGGCAGGAGUCCAAAGCCAGAGAUUUCACUUGACAUUUUUGACCCCCGCAAUGUGCUAGGCACUAUGCUGGCUGCUUGUGCUCCUUUCUGUCAGGAGGUGCAUGGACAAGUAGGGAGAGGGUCAAUUAAGAGACUACCAUGGGGCUGGCCCCAUGGGGUAGCAGUUAAGUGCGUGCGCUCCGCUGCUGGCAGCCCGGGUUCGGAUCCUGGGCACACACCGACGCACCGCUUGUCAGGCCAUGCUGUGGCAGCAUCCCACAUAAAAUGGAGGAAGAUCGGCACGGAUGUUAGCUCAGGGCUAGUCUUCCUCAGCAAAAGGAGGAGGAUUGGCAUGGAUGUUAGCUCAGGGCUAGUCUUCCUCAGCAAAAGGAGGAGGAUUGGCAUGGAUGUUAGCUCAGGGCUGAUCUUCCUCAAAAAAAAAAAAAAAAAUAGA